CUCCUGUAAUCUGCUUUAAUGUCAGAGACGCGCGCGAGUUAUUCUGCACUGCCGCGUGAAUCAUGGCGGUGAAUCAGAGUUUCAGCCGAUUACGAUCCGCUUUUUAUAUAUUCACACGAAAUCAUCAUCAUCAUCAUCACUGUGUGGGAAUAAUCGGCGCACCUUUCUCUAAAGGACAGAGGAGGGAUGGUGUGCAGAGAGGACCAGAUCUGAUCCGAGCCGCAGGAUUGGUGCAGAAGCUUAAAGGGCAAGGUUGUAUAGUGAAGGAUUAUGGAAAUCUGACAUUUGAAGACAUUCCCGACGAUGAACCUGUCGGCAGGGUGAAGAUGCCGAGAGCGGUCGGCCGUGCCAAUGAGCUGCUUGCAGGCGCUGUGCAUAAAGUCAAGAGUGAUGGCAACACAUGCGUGAUGCUGGGAGGAGAUCACAGCUUAGCAAUCGGCUCGAUCUCUGGUCACGCGGCAUGGAGAAAUGAGCUGAGUAUUUUAUGGGUGGACGCACAUGCGGACAUCAACACACCUUUGACCACACCUACCGGAAACAUUCACGGCCAGCCGCUGUCUUACCUCAUUCAUGAACUGCACUCUAAGAUUCCCAUACUUCCACAUUUCUCAUGGAUACAGCCCUGUAUAGCAGCUAAAGACAUUGUGUACAUUGGACUUCGGGAUGUAGAUCCAGAAGAACAUUAUAUCCUGCAGUAUCUGGGCAUCAAAACCUUCUCCAUGACAGAUGUUGAUCGGCUUGGAAUAGCGAAAGUCAUGGAGCAGACAUGCGAGCACAUGUUUUCAAAAGUGAAAAAACCCAUCCACCUGAGUUUCGACAUUGAUGCACUGGACCCUUCAGUAUCACCUGCAACAGGAACACCUAUAGCUGGAGGUCUGACCUAUAGAGAGGGGAUUUAUAUCACUGAACACACCUGUCAAACAGGGCUGCUGUCUGCUGUAGAUAUGGUGGAGGUGAACCCAAAGCAAGGCAGAACAGAGGAUGAGAUCAAGUCAACAGUAACGGCUGCUGUCGACCUGCUGCUGGCCUGCUUCGGACGCGUCCGUGAGGGGUCUCAUAAACCAGAUUACAAAAUGCCCAAUCCAUAAAUCAAAAGCUUUGCGUUUUGGUUUAUUGUAAUUGCUAAAAGCGUUUAUACUAAGUGAUAAAGUAACAUUUUAAAUUUUAAGGGCCAUACAAAACAAAGGUUCAGCAGAGUAGUCAACAUGGCGUCGAUUCUUUUUCUGUAGAAAACAUUGAUUCCAAAGAUAAACACAAAAUGCAGAAAGCAAAGAGCUGCUUAAAAUAAUCAGGUUCUUCCUCUGCUAUGACACCCGAUCGGUUUACAGAAGCAUGAAGCUUGUAUGGGGUCAGUAUCAGGUGGCAAUGGUUUAUACUUUACGCAAUAUUUGAGGGCCAUGUGAUCCUAACAUUGACCUUGUGGUGUACUCGGUGGUAUAUUAUUGGAUCAUUGUCGUGUUUAGAUAUGGAGGACUCAACAACACAUGCUGUACCUUUGGCUUUGAAUAUCGCUUUAUCUGUCCUGACACAAACGUCCCAGUGUAACAGUCCUGUGAGACGGCCAGAACGACAGGACUGAGAGAGAGAGAGGUGAGGUCAGGUGAGGAUUUAUGGGAAAAAAGCCAAGAGCUCUACGGUCAGCAUUCAUGCUCUGGUCAGAAGAUAAUCUCAGCGCUGAGCUGUGGAUUUGUCCUGCACACAUGCAAAUUCACUGUAAACACCCGUCAUAUCCUGAUCGUCUUAUAUGCCACCUGUGAAUCAAUACUGUACAGCUGACCGUGACACAAGACAAUGCAGGCCAUGAGAUCUGGGUUUGUAUUCAGAAAUAUUGAUUAACAUUAUCGAUCAAUUCAUCAAUAAUACCAUAAAACGCAUAUGGAGAACUCCACAUGAAUAUGAAUAUGACUGUGUACCAGACCACGUGCAUUCGUUUUACAGCUCCAUACUCCAAAUGUAUUUUAACAACGGUCUCAUUUGUUUCUUCUCUCAUUUCAUUUUAGCAAAAACAUCGAAGACGUAUAACUGAAAUGAAACAUAACUAUAAACACCGUCAAAUCUCCUGAGCUAUCUGUGAGCAAUAACGUUUAACCGUAACAACUUCAAAAUGUAGUGUCACUUGGCUAAAUUGUUGAAAUGAUUUUAUAUGCAGUUUUUCCACCGUCUGAUGCCAAAAAAAUUAUAAUCAAUUAUUUAUCUUCACUAGAUCCGUCUAUGCUGGAAACCUCCGAUGCUCCUUUUUUGUUUUUGUCAACUACAGCCUUUUGAAAUCAAAUGAAUUUGAAAUUGUGUGCAUAAAUAAGACAUUUUAUCUAUCAUAUAUUUAAAUAACUAAUGACAUUAAAGCCACUGAAUUAAAUCGCUUUUCAAAUCUACUUCAUGUGCUACUUUUGUAGGUGUGUAAUGUAUUAACAUUGUCAGUCAUUCGAUUUAUCGGAGUGAAAAGGUUUGUGAGAAAGGAUGACGUAAAAAAGUCACUUUGGAAAAAUCAGGUUUAUUCUGUGAAGCUGUGAACAUUCAUUCUGUGCGUUUACUUUUCAUGUUUCACUUCGGUUUGGCUGUUAGUCGUACUAACAGCUCUUAUAUGACGGCGUUAAUAUACAGUGCAACAGCUAAAGAGCUGUUAUGGAGUGUUGUCAGGAAUAGUGUCAUCCUUUGGAGCCCUGCUGCGCUAUGACAAAAGGCACUAACAGAGGUAACAUAACCCAUAGACUGGCACACACAUACACAUGUACGCUUCUGUAAAAAGAAAA